AUGGCAGGUAAAACUUCGUGGCCUGAACUUGUUGGUAUGCCAGUUGAUGACGCUGUUGCAGCAAUUCAAAACGAAAAUCCAAAUUUAGAUGUCAUUAAAGUUGAAAAAAACUCAGUAGGAAUAAUGGAUUAUCGCUGUGAUCGUGUACGUGUGUUCUAUGAUACAGAUGGCAACGUUUCAUCGGCACCAUCUAUCGGUUAA